AUGACCAAGUUACUGAGAAUGAUCAAUACUGAUGCAAAUAUGUCAGUUAUAGAUUAUCCAGAUCUUGAAAAUAUGCGAGCGCUCAUAUUUACAGACAGCCAUCUUUGCAGAUUUUAUUCAUUUGAAGAUAAUUUUCCAAAACUAAAGAAUUAUAUCAUCACACUUAUACAAAGAGAAAAUAUUAACACAGUGUUUACACUUGGUGAUCUUAUUAACAUCAGAACUGAAGGGGCAGAAAAUAUGUAUUUGAAAAUCUUUGAAAUCUUCGCAAAAUUACCCGUUCAAGUUUAUGCAAUAGGUGGAAAUCAUGAUAGACAUAUUCUGCAUAAACUAAAUGUCGAUAUACCAAAUAUUCAUAUUAUAUCCGAGUUUGCUUUAGCAAUUCCGCAUCCAAAUCCACGUCCAGGAACUCCAAAAAGGUUGAUUCUCUCUCAUGAUUUCCAUAAUCAUUUAAGAUUGACCCCAGAAAAAAUUCCAGAUUGGUUAUACACAAUCAGAACGUCAUUACCUAAUUUAAUCAAGCCUGAUGACUUCAUUCUUACAGGACAUACUCAUAAUACCGUCAUACUCAGUGAUCAGCUCUCAGCAAGUCUUGGACCACUUAGUUUGGACUUACACACAGAGUGCUAUGCCAUUUUAACGAUGGAAAAUGGCAUAAAUAUCGAAUUCUUUGAUUCGGUUGUUGAAGGACAGCCACCAAAGUCUUCAUUCAUCUCAAAAAUAUAUGAAACCUGCAAAUCACUCUUAUCUGCAUAA